CAAAAGGAUCCUUUUACUCUCUCUCUCUCUCAUUUUAUAUAUUCGCUCGUUUUGUGUAUUUUAUAUAAUUGAUCAUGCGCUGGACUACAUUAUUCAGUUUAUUAUUUAUAACCGUCGAAGCUAAACCUCACCUCUGGAAGGUGAAUAAGAGAGCAGAACCAACGAAAAAAGAAACCGAGGAAAAGACGAUUCAUUUUGCUAAUAAUACACAAACUAAAAAAUCUACAACAUCAAAAAAAAGGACGACGACAAAGAAACCAACAAGCACAACAGCAACACUAUCGAGUGCAUCCCUCAUACCAUCGUCAUCUGUCACAGCUUCAUCCAUUGCUAGUUCAUCCACUGCUCUUCCAGCACACACACCCAUGGUUGUAUCAGCACCAUCUCCUACAUCCACUCAACCCACCACACUUGCUACACCUACGGCUGCUCCCGAGACUGGAUCCAAUAGCGGUCUAUCCGGUGGUGCCAUCGGAGGCAUUGUCGUCGCCGUUGUUGCCGUCAUCGCUGGUGUUGCUGCCCUUUUAGUAUUCCGUAACCGACGAAAAAAGACGAUAAUGACUCGUAAUAAUAACAGUUCGGAUCCAUUCACGGUCGGAUACAGUAAUGAUAAUCCACCUGCCAUGCAACAAAUGACUUCGCCCACACAUCAAAGUUUCAAUGACCCAUCACCUACCCUCGUCUCCUCUCAGCAAUAUCAAGCUCAGCUACAGCCCUUGGCUCCUCCUCCUCCUCCUUUAGCACAAAAAGAACCACAGCAGUCAUUGGGCGUAUAUACCGUCGUGGCUACUUAUUCGCCAACAUUAAGUGAUGAGAUUGAUAUUCAGAUUGGAGACCAGGUUGAGGUCCUGGUAGAGUAUGACGAUGGCUGGUGCCAAGGCGUCAACCUGAGUCGUAAUAAUGCAAAGGGCGUAUUCCCUAAACACUGUCUUGAUUUUUCAUCCACUCAAAAAGAACAGACUCAACAGGAUGAUGCUAGAGUAAAGAGAGUAAGCUCGAUGCGUGUUGGUUCCUAAAUAAACUUGUAUGUAUUUGUGUAUUGGUAUUAUUAAUAAAUAUAGAUCCCCCCGCACACAUACUCCUUUUUUGUCUUGGUGGUGGAUUGUGUGUAUAUUCAUAUUUCAAAGGUCUAGUCUCUCAUAAAUACAGAUACUCCUUUAUGAUUUUUUUUUAUUUUAAGCGCAUGGUUUUUAUCGACAUGAUGUAUACAAUGCAGAUGCAUAGAAAUAUAUAUAUAUAUAUAUAAUGUGUGUUUGUGU